AUGGAAAGCACCAACCGUGCCCGGCAGUCUCCGCCAGAUCUGUCUAUCAGUGGGCCAGGCACAGCGCAGGGUCCUGACGUCGCAGACGGCGCCCAACUGGACCCUGCGGAGGCGGGAUCGAACAAUGUAACAUCACAAAGAAUGGCCAAAAAGCGUACCAAAACAGGAUGUUUAACUUGCCGCAAACGUCGCAUCAAGUGCGGCGAAGAAAAGCCGACAUGCAAUAACUGCGUGAAAUCAAAACGCGAGUGUCAAGGCUACGGGCCCCGCCUGAUUUUCAAGAACCCAUUGGGCAUCUCAGGUCCCGGGUUCGGCCAGCAGCCGGCCUUCAGCGUGCAGACACAGUCAGCACCAGUCCCCAGUGAGCACUCGGUGUCUCAGCAAAGAAAGGACAGACCAGACCACCCUGCUAUAGCUCCAAAGCUGCCUUUGCCACCCGAUAUCGAGACCCGGAAUCCCACCGCUACCUCUUCGCUGAAUGAGGCUCCUGGGAUCAACAGGACUCUUCCUCAGCAAGCAGUGUCAGGCCAGGUCCACCUUCCUUCGAGUUCGGAGAACUCGUCCGAAAGCUACACACCACCGGACACCCUCGCGUUCCUUGAUCACCAAAGACGGCAGGUGUCGACUGAUCUGGGGACGGGCUACUCAUGGUCGGACGCAGUCUCAUAUCCUCAAGGAGGCCCGUGGCUGCCGAACGCCGCACCGUCUAGUUCAUCAACAUCGCCGUAUGGAGGUUAUAUGGAAGAUGACGGUGAGGAUGACUACUACAGUGGUGAAUCAGAGGAGGAACGGGAAGACCAGAUCUCUGUGCAGAAUUACAACCAGCUUAGCCUUAUUAUGGCUUCUGCCAAUCGCGACGAGCGGCAGCUGCGUUCUUUCACUACAUAUUUGAAUGAGCCAAAUGUACUCGGCUCGUACAUCCCCACAUACGGCUCAUCACCCUUGAACAAUCCAAAGACGGCCCGGAUCUUCUUGCAUUUCAUCCAUUCCACCGGACCGACGCUAUCUGUCUUCGAGCGUCAUCCGAUCGACCCAUCCACCAUGCUUGGCGCCCCCGUACCAACCGCCCAGCAGGGCCUAUGGACAUAUACCCUCCCCCUCAAGGCUCUCGAGAGUCAAGUCUUGCUGCAAGCUAUCCUCGCCUUGAGCAGUUUACAUAUCUCCUUCCUCCAACAAGCACCUCCGACGGUCUCGUUGAAGCAUUAUCACUACGCUCUGAGAAAAGUCGGUGUGGCUGUCGGGCUUCCCACGCGCCGCAAGCAGAUCACUACCCUGGCUGCUACCCUGCUUCUAGGAUAUUACGAGGUGAUGGGUGCUGAUCACUCGAAAUGGAAUAGUCACGUGGCAGGGUCGGCGCAAUUGGUGCGUGAGAUUGAUUUUGCCGGCAUGACUCGUGGGCUCCGCGCCCAGCGACGGAGAGUAUGGGCUCAGCGACAGCAGAUGCAGCCGCCGGUCAUGACCCUCACAGACAGCUACCUCUUCGGAGAUCCUACGUCGGACGACGACCCUUUCGCGGAGAAAGAAAGUAGCAUCAACGAGCAGUUUAUCGGGACUCUACUUGGACGAGCCGUGAACUACGACGAAUUCGGGCAGGUCAACGAUGAGAAUGGGAACCCUCGUCUGUACAAGCACUUCACACGGAAAGAUAUCGAGAACUAUCGAAUCCAGUGUGACCUGUACUGGUGGUACUGCAAACAAGAUGUCAUGCAAAGUAUCAUCAGCGGCUGCCCUUUGUUCAUGCCAUACUCCCAAUGGGGUCAAUGCCCUCCCCGCGCGGGUAUGGGCCGGAUGGACGCUAUCUACGGGUCUGCAGACCACCUAUGGCUACUUCUAGGUCGCUUGGCAGAAUUUGGCUAUCGUGACAGGAAACGCAAACUGAGAACGGCUAAGACUACAGGCAUGGAGUGGCGCCCGGAUGCCAAUCUGGGCAAAUUUAUGGCCCGGUUCGCCAGAGGACCACCCGGACCACCAGGCCGAGGACCACCUCCUCCUCGGCCUGGUGGUCCACCCGCCGGCCCCGGCCCAAACGCCCCGCCCAUGUACGGCAUGGCACCGUCCAGCGGCCCACGCCGCGCCCCCGCCGUGUUCCUCAACACCCGGGAAUCCCAGCACUACCACCAUCAGCCUCUCGAAGAGGAAGAAGAGGAUACCUCGUACCACGACGCCGAGAAGGAAUGGGAGAGUAUGGUGGCGGCGUUCGACGCAUUCCUGCCGGCCCUAGGACCGUACUUCAUGCCUUUACCCGCGGACUCGGUGCCGCCGAUCUCGACCCCCUUCGGCCCCGCUCUGCAGUACCGGACGCACACGAUCGCCACGAUCUGGUGCUUCUACUACACGGGGCGGAUCCUCCUGCACCGGCUACACCCCUGCAUGCCGCCGGCGAUGAUGGUCGCCGCGGGCGUGGCCGCCGCCACCACGGCGGAAUACGCGCAGAUCAUCGGCCGCAUCGCCGCGGGUGUCUACUACCCGCAGUCCUUCCACCUCGAGGCCGGCAGCCUGAGCCCGACGCUGGGCUCGUGCUUGAUCGAGAUCACGGUGCCGCUGUUUUUUGCGGGAGUCCAGUACACAGACCCCGCGCAGCGCGAAUGGCUGGUCACCGAGCUGCUGGACCUCAACCGGCUGAGCGGCUGGCGCACCUCGGCUACGAUCGCGCGCGGCUGCGAGAAUGCGUGGGUCGUCGCCGCCGCGCAGGGCCGCGGGCCGCCGUACACCCGUCGCGAUAGGACUCUCAACAAGCCGGUGUCCAUGUGGACCCCGCCCCCUGAGGAGGAGAGCGGCGGCGGCGGCGGCGGCGGCGGCCCGUACAACAGCUCCGAACGCCGGUUCAUCACGGUCAGCAAGCGGCCGAACGCGAAUUGGGCGAUGGGCAUUCUGAGUCUCGAGGAUGAUAUCCUGAGCUUGGAUAUCAAUGAUCGG